GCGCCGGGGCAGGCCCAGGAGGCAGAGGAGGGACCAUCUCCCCCGCCCCCCCAGCCCCCACUCCUCCCCCUGCUGCUCCCCCCUCCCUACCCGGACUCCGGGGGCACCGCCGGGGGACAGACACCCAGCAGGUUUCCCCAGGCAUCAUGUCAACCCCAUAGUAACACCCACCCCACUGUUUGUGGUUUGCUGCACCCCACUGCUGGGGCACUGGUUCCAAUGAGACAGGCACACCAGACUCCAUCUGGCUGUUACUGAGGCGGAGACAGGGGUGAUGAUUGGCUGUGCGGGCAGAGAGGGACUCCUGUGAUUGGCCAGGCCGCUGGAGCUCGCCGCCGCUGCGAGGACUCUCCCACGGAGGCCGGAACGGUCUGGGAAAGGCCCUGCGCAGCCAUCUGGGGGGCAGUGGGCAUUCUUUCAGCAGUUGGAGCAGGACCAUCGCCCCAGAGAACUGGGGCAGGGGGCCUUGCCCGAUCUCCAGGGCUCCUGGGGCCACUGCUGACCUGGCUGGAUGCAUCGGGCAGUGGACCCUCCAGGGGCCCGCACUGCACGGGAAGCCUUUGCCCUUGGGGGCUUGAGCUGUGCUGGGGCCUGGAGCUCCUGCCCGCCCCAUCCUCCUCCUCCUCGAAGUGCAUGGCUGCCCUCAGGCAGGUGCUCUGCCAGCAUUGGGCAGCCCCCACUCCCUGCUCCCCUGCCCCCUUCACAUGGCAGUAGCUCUGGGCACCCCAACAAACCAUAUUAUGCUCCAGGGACACCCACCCCAAGACCCCUCCAUGGGAAGCUGGAAUCACUGCAUGGCUGUGUGCAGGCGUUGCUCCGGGAGCCGGCCCAGCCAGGACUGUGGGAGCAGCUUGGGCAGCUGUACGAGUCAGAGCAUGACAAUGAAGAGGCCAUCCGCUGCUACCACAGUUCCCUUCGUUAUGGGGGAAGCUUGCCUGAACUGGGGCCCCGCCUCAGCCGACUACAGCAGGCCCAGCUCUGGAAUUUUCAUGCUGGCUCCUGCCAGCACCGAGCCAAGGUCCUGCCCCCACUGGAGCAAGUGUGGAACUUGCUGCACCUUGAGCACAAGCGGAGUUAUGGAGCCAAGCGGGGUGGUCCCCCAGUGAAGCGAGCCGCUGAACUCCCUGUGGUGCAGCCUAUGCCCCCUGCAGCGCUCUCAGGCCCCUCAGGAGAGGAAGGCCUCAGCCCUGGAGGCAAGCGCAGGAGAGGCUGCAGCUCUGAGCAGACUGGCCUUCCCCCUGGGCUGCCGCUGCCUCCACCACCGUUGCCACCACCCCCACCGCCACCACCUCCACCCCCGCCACCACCUCCACCCCUGCCCGGCCUAGCCACCAGCCCGCCAUUUCAGCUGACCAAGCCAGGGCUGUGGAGUACCUUGCAUGGAGAUGCCUGGGGCCCCGAGCGCAAGGGAUCAGCACCCCCAGAGCGCCAGGAUCAACGGCACUUGCUGCCUCACCCAUACACAUAUCCAGCUCCAGCCUACACUGCACACCCCCCUGGCCACCGGCUGGUCCCGGCUGCACCCCCAGGCCCAGGCCCCCGCCCCCCAGGAGCAGAGAGCCAUGGCUGCCCGCCUGCCACCCGUCCCCCCGGAAGUGACCUUAGAGAGAGCAGAGUUCAGAGGUCGCGGAUGGACUCCAGCGUUUCACCAGCAGCAACCACCGCCUGCGUGCCUUACGCCCCUUCCCGGCCCCCUGGCCUCCCUGGCACUACCACCAGCAGCAGCGGCAGCAGCGGCAGCGGCGGCAGCGGCAGCAGCAGCAGCAACACUGGUCUCCGGGGCGUGGAGCCAAGCCCAGGCAUUACCGGCGCUGACCAUUACCAAACUCCUGCGCUCGAGGUCUCCUCUCACCAAGGCCACCUGGGGCCCUCCACACACAGCGGUCGGAAACCAUUCCUGGCGGCUCCCGCUACCACUCCCCACCUGCCCCUGCCACCUGGCCCCCCCUCGCCGCCACCACCCUGUCCCCGCCUCUUACGCCCUUCGCCCUCCCCUGCCUGGCUGAAGGGCCCGGCUUGCCGGGCAGCCCGAGAGGAUGGAGAGAUCUUAGAGGAGCUCUUCUUUGGGGCCGAGGGACGCCACCGCCCUCCUCCCCCACCCCUCCCCCAACGUGAGGGCUUCUUGGGGCCCCCGGCCCCUCGCUUUUCUGUGGGCACUCAGGAUUCUCACACCCCUCCCACUCCCCCGACCACCAGCAGUAGCAGCAGCAGCAGCAACAGUGGCAACCACAAUAGCAGCAGCCCAACUGGGCCUGUGCCCUUCCCCCCACCUCCCUAUCUGGCCAGAAAUAUGGACCCCCUUCCCCGGCCCCCCAGCCCAAUACUGAGUCCCCAGGACCCACCUCUUGCACCCCUGACUCUUGCCCUGCCUCCAGCCCCACCCUCCUCCUGCCACCAAAAUACCUCAGGAAGCUUCAGGCGCCCGGAGAGCCCUCGGCCCAGGAUCUCCUUCCCAAAGACCCCCGAGGUGGGGCCAGGGGCAUCCCCAGGCCCCCUAAAUAAACCCCCCCAGCCUGUGCCGCCUAGAGUUGGGGAGCUGCCUGCCCGAGGCCCACGACUCUUUGAUUUCCCCCCUACCCCACUGGAGGACCAGUUUGAGGAGCCAGCUGAAUUCAAGAUCUUACCCGAUGGUCUGGCCAACAUCAUGAAGAUGCUGGAUGAAUCCAUUCGGAAGGAGGAGGAGCAGCAGCAGCAGGAGGCAGGUGUGGGCCCUCCGCCCACCUUGAAGGAGCCCUUCCCACCUCUGCAGUCUGCAUUCCCCGCUGACGCUUCCCCAAGCCACACUGCUGCCACCACUGCUGCGGCCGCCACCACCACCGCCACCGCCACCGCCACCACCACCACCACCGCCGCCGCCGUCACCCCAGCCACACAGGAAGAGGAGAAGAAGCCACCACCAGCCCUGCCGCCGCCACCACCUCUAGCCAAGUUUCCUCCACCCCCCCAGCCACAGCCCCCGCCACCCCCAUUACCCCUACCAGCCAGCCCGGCCAAUUUGCUCAAAUCCUUGGCCUCCGUGCUAGAGGGACAAAAGUACUGUUACCGGGGAACUGGAGCAGCUGUUUCCACCCGGCCUGGGCCCUUGCCCACUACUCAGUAUUCCCCUGGUCCCCCAUCAGGUGCUACUGCCCCACCACCCACCUCAGUGGCCCCCUGUGCCCAGGGCUCCCCACAGCCCUCUGCUUCCUCUUCAUCUCAGUUCUCUACCUCAGGUGGGCCCUGGGCCCGGGAGCACAGGGCGGGCGAAGAGCUAGCCCCGGGCCCCGGGCCCCCCGCCCCACCGCCCCCACCCCUCCCGAUGCCCCCUACUCGCUCUGAGUCUGAGGUGCUAGAAGAGAUCAGUCGGGCUUGUGAGACCCUUGUAGAGCGGGUGGGCCGGAGUGCUGCAGACUCGGCAGAUCCAGUGGACACUGCAGUCCCAGUGGACAGUGUGACUGAGCGGCUGCUACAGCCCGCCCAGGCCAAGGAAGAGAGCUGUGGGGUAGCGGCAGCUGCCGGGCCAGGCAGCAGCAAGCGGCGGCAGAGGGAGCACCAGAAGGAGCAUCAGAAGGAGCACCGACGGCACAGGCGGGCCUGUAAGGACAGUGCGGGUCGGCGGCCUCAUGAAGGCAGGGCCAAAGCCAAGGCCAAGGCUCCCAAAGAAAAGAGCCGCAGGGUGCUGGGCAACCUGGACUUGCAGAGUGAGGAGAUUCAGGGCCGGGAGAAAGCCCGGCCCGAUCUUGGCGGGGCCUCCAAGGCCAAGCCACCCACAGCUACAGUGUCCCUACCAGUUCCUGUCCCCUCCGCUCAGCCCACCCCCCCAGCAGCCCCUGUCCCCGGGAAGAAGCCGCGGGAGGAAGUUCCAGGGCCACCUGGUGUCAGCCGGGCUGACAUGCUGAAGCUGCGCUCACUUAGUGAAGGGCCCCCCAAGGAGCUGAAGAUCCGGCUCAUCAAGGUAGAGAGUGGUGACAAGGAGACCUUUAUUGCCUCUGAGGUGGAAGAGCGAAGGCUUCGAAUGGCUGACCUCACCAUCAGCCACUGUGCUGCUGACGUUGUGCGUGCCAGCAAGAAUGCCAAGGUGAAAGGGAAGUUUCGAGAAUCCUACCUUUCCCCUACCCAGUCUGUGAAACCGAAGAUCAACACUGAUGAGAAGCUGCCCCGGGAAAAACUCAACCCACCCACACCCAGCAUCUAUCUGGAGAGCAAACGAGAUGCCUUCUCACCAGUGCUGCUGCAAUUCUGUACAGACCCCCGAAACCCCAUCACCGUCAUACGGGGCCUGGCAGGCUCCCUCCGGCUCAACUUGGGCCUUUUCUCCACAAAAACGCUGGUGGAGGCAAGCGGUGAGCACACCGUGGAGGUGCGCACCCAGGUGCAGCAGCCCUCAGAUGAGAACUGGGAUCUAACGGGCACGCGACAGAUUUGGCCCUGCGAGAGUUCCCGAUCCCACACCACCAUUGCCAAGUAUGCACAGUACCAGGCCUCAUCUUUCCAGGAGUCCUUGCAGGAGGAGAAGGAGAGUGAGGAUGAGGAAUCGGAGGAGCCGGACAGCACCACGGGAACCCCGCCUAGCAGCAGCACCCCAGACCCGAAGAACCAUCAUAUUAUCAAAUUUGGCACGAAUAUCGACCUGUCUGAUGCCAAGCGGUGGAAGCCCCAGCUGCAGGAGCUGCUGAAGCUUCCCGCCUUCAUGCGGGUAACAUCCACAGGCAACAUGCUGAGCCACGUGGGCCAUACCAUCCUGGGCAUGAACACUGUACAGCUGUACAUGAAGGUCCCCGGCAGCCGCACACCAGGCCACCAGGAGAACAAUAAUUUCUGCUCUGUCAAUAUUAACAUUGGCCCUGGUGACUGCGAAUGGUUCGCGGUCCACGAGCACUACUGGGAAACCAUCAGCGCCUUCUGUGACCGGCACGGCGUGGACUACCUGACGGGUUCCUGGUGGCCCAUCCUGGAUGACCUCUAUGCUUCCAAUAUCCCUGUGUAUCGCUUCGUGCAGCGCCCCGGAGACCUCGUGUGGAUCAACGCAGGAACCGUGCACUGGGUGCAGGCCACUGGCUGGUGCAACAACAUUGCCUGGAACGUGGGGCCACUCACCGCCUAUCAGUACCAGCUGGCCCUGGAACGAUAUGAGUGGAACGAGGUGAAGAACGUCAAAUCCAUUGUGCCCAUGAUUCACGUGUCCUGGAAUGUGGCUCGAACGGUGAAAAUCAGCGACCCCGACUUGUUCAAGAUGAUCAAGUUCUGCCUCCUGCAGUCCAUGAAGCACUGUCAGGUGCAACGGGAGAGUCUGGUGCGGGCUGGGAAGAAAAUCGCCUACCAGGGCCGGGUGAAGGACGAGCCGGCCUACUACUGCAAUGAGUGCGAUGUGGAAGUGUUCAACAUCCUGUUUGUGACGAGCGAGAACGGCAGCCGCAACACCUACUUGGUGCACUGCGAGGCCUGCGCCCGGCGCCGCAGCGCGGGCCUCCAGGGCGUGGUGGUGCUGGAGCAGUACCGCACCGAGGAGCUGGCACAGGCCUACGACGCCUUCACGCUGGCCCCGGCCAGCUCGUCGCGGUGAGGCCGGACGCCCCGCCCGCCUGCCAGCCCGCAGGGCGCCGCGGGGCCACCAGCACACGCCCGGCCGGAUCCAGGUUCCGCCUCUGGCGGGGAAGGGGCACGGCC